AUGAACGCGCAAGAUUUGUCUGAUGGAUAGCUCUAAUAUUUAAACCAGCACUUUAACAAUGCAGAUAGCGAAACUCAAGAAUAGAUUCUAACUCAAUAUCCUAACUUAUUCGAAUUGUUUACAUCCCUUGGCUUACCUAUUGAAUAUAAAUCUGGUAAUGAAGAAGGAAUUGAUCUAGGUUCAAUGAAAUCAGAUUCUGUAAUUCAUAGGCCUAGCCCUCAGAGAUGGGAGCCUACUCCUCAAAGACAUGAUAGGCAAUAAUGA